GAUUCAGUCUCUUGCGAUCUUUUGAAACAUCAUGAAGUGUUUCCUUUUAUUUAUCGUUGGACUGGUACUACUGAGCAAAAUUUCUUGUCUUGUGACAACACGUCCAAAAACCGUGGAAGUGACAACGGACAUUUUUGAAAAUGAUACAGAGAAAAUUGAAAAUAAAGAGAGAAAAAAGAAUUUCACCGAAAGACUUAAUAAGGAUAUUUAUUUAGAAGAUGUGGUAUUCGCGUUGCAAAAUCAAGAUUGGAGUAAACAGGAAGAGGCUUGUUUGAAUCAGACUUUGAUGUUGAUUCGGAAUUUGCGGAAUUUUACGCUUUGGGCGGUUUGGGAUUGGGACUCCAUAGCCUCCGAGCCGCAAGGCUUGCUCUUCGGAAACCGCUACCAGCUAGGAAAUUUCGACGAAUGCCUGAACCCGCCUUGGGUCCCGUCCCGCCCUGAAUUGAAGACGCAGUACUGCUUGGCAGAUAUAGUACUGGAAAGAACGGAUAAUGCUGUCAAGAAACGGUAUAUUAUGGGUGUGGAUCCGGAUCAGUCGGUACUGGACUACUUAGAGGUCCACCCACCUCACUCGAGACCCCUAAACGAGCUGACCUGGGGGGUGUGUGUGCCGGCCUCCUGCGGCCCCGGUUCCGUGGAGCGACUUAUGCGAACCAUGCUCGCGCGCAGCCAUCUUGGAAUAGCCGGCAUACGGCCAAAGAUCACCACUGGCGACUGCCAGAAGCAGGGAGAGGAAAAACCGUACGAUGCUGCUUUUUGGGCGUUCAUAACUGUUUUAGCUGUCCUGAUUAUUACAACAUUGGUCUGCACCUAUUUUAACAGCGGAAGAUUUAAGUGUGAGCCGACAACACUAAAAGAUGAUAUCAUAGAAGCAUUCUGCCUCAGAGCGAACGCAAACAACCUGCUGAAAAUGCAUAAAGAUGGCAUUGAAGUGUUCUACGGGAUUCGAUUCCUGGGUCUGUGCGGCAUUGUUAUUGUGCACCAACUAGGCAUACUUAGUGCAGGGGCCGUUAGCAACGGGAAACAAGUCGAUCAGUCAUUACCCGGACCUGGCGGCUGGAUCACCCUCCACGAUGACUUGUUCGUCGACACGUUUUUCCUCCUUUCCGGUUUCCUGACAGCGACCGCUUUCAGCCAAAUGAGGAGAUUCCCUAACCCGCUAUUCGCCAUUUUGAAAAGAUAUAUCAGGCUAGUGCCAGCAUUUGCAAUGGUGGUAUUCUUCGUCAGCGCAGUGUACCCCUACACGGGCUCCGGACCGAUGUGGCCGAAGCUCGUUGAGAACGAAACCGGCUCAUGUCGCAAGAAUUGGUGGCUCAGUCUGCUCAUGUUAAAUAACUACAUCGACAGCGAGCACAUUUGUCUCGUGGUCUCAUGGUACAUCCCCUGCGACUUCCACUUCUCCUGCGCAGCAAUUCUCCUGUACUGGCUUUAUACACGUCAACCAAAGCUCGGCCUAGUCUGCGCAGGGGCCAUCACAGUCGCCUCGAUCCUGCUGCCUGGAGUGCUGACUUACAAGUACAACUGGAAUCCCAUUCAACUGUUUACCUUUGAGUUUGUCUCAAACCCGCGGGGCAGCCCGGACUUCCACCUCAUGUACAUCAAGAGCCACCACCGCGCAGCCUCUUACAUUGUCGGGUUCUUCAGCGGGUUCAUUUUCAUCAAGAACAAGAGAGAUAAUGCUAUGAGAAUUUCACGGAAAUGGGCCGUCCUCGGUUCUAUAUCAGGCAUCGUCAUCAUGUUAGCGGUGCUCAUCAGCGGGACUACUUUCCUAUGGCGCACGUACCACCCCAUAGAGGGCGCUGUGUACGCGGCGAUCAAUCGACCCCUCUGGACCGUCGGCGUUGCGACGUUAGUGCUGUGCUGCUCGUUGGGACACGUCCCUCUUAUAAAAGCCGGUCUAAGCUGGUACGUGUGGGUGCCGCUCAGCAGGUUGUCGUACGGGGUGUAUUUGACCCACACCCUGAUCUACAUGCGAAGCGUGUUCGUCGCUCGAAACUCUCAGCAUUACGAUUACGCUGAUAUAUUUACUGCCGUGGCGGGCGUAAUAUUCUGGGGCUGUAUAGCGGCUUUUGUAAUCUGGCUGAUUGCUGAGGCGCCUGCCAUCCGGUUGUUUGACAUAUUUGUCAAACGGGUGUUGAUGAAACGAACACGAGAACAUAAAGCAGAGGUGAAGUCGACCAGCCAACAAACGAACGCCAGCACAACACCUGGGAGUAGUUCGGGACAUCUACAGGACAACCUGCCUACUAAUGUGCAGUUUUCCUCUAAAGUGUAAAUUUGAUUAUAUUUUGAGAAAUUGAGUAGCAGUUUUAUAAAAAGACAUAUUUCUCUAUUAUACCUACGUAAAUUUGAGGAUGAAAGAUAUUUUGAAAUGCGAAUUUUAGUGUUAAGAGGCUGUUAUCGAUUUUUGUCGCAAAAAUGUCAAAUUGAUAGAUUUAGUCGAUGAAAUUGUAUAUAUCUUUUGUUAACUAUUAUAAAUAAUAAGUUCUGGUUUCUAUUAGCACGUCUUGUUUUCUUUCAUUUUAAUAAAAAAAAAAUUAAAGCGUAAAGCACUGAUUUUAAAGCUCUCAUUUGUAAAUUUCGUAAAGUUUAAUAAUUUUUAAUUUUGUAUUACACAUAUCCUGUACUUCAACUACAUUACUACCAUUACAUUUUUGUUAUUAUAAAUUUGAAGUAGAUGAAAGUUAGGCGAAAUCAAUUUUCUCUAGAAAUUACUUUAAAACAAGUGAUAAUUUCUGUGAAAAUUGACUUAAUUUUAACGUAAUUUUGAUACUUAAACAAUCUGUUAAUUGGCUGAAACUGUUCUUAUUUUAUAUAAUUUACCACCAUAUUUUUUUAUGAAUUUUUUAAAACUGUCCCUUCUCGUCACAUAUUACCGGCAACGCACGCUUGCGACCUCAUUAUUAAAAGGCAAGGUGAGAAGAGGUGUUAAUAGAAACCAAUACUUGUUAUUUAGAUAUGACGUAACAAAAGGUGCACAAUUUCAACGACUAAAUUUAUCAUUUUUUUUUACAUUUUUGCUCUAAAAUCGUUGCCGGGCUCUUAAUAUAUAACAUAUACAGAGUAAUUCAUGAGACGUGAGCAAGACUACAGCCCACACAAUCAGUAAAUGUUAAUGAAUCGUUUACCAUCAUAUUAAGCAAAACAAUCACGCUUCUUUUCUGUCAUUUUACGUUUUGGUAAGGACAAAUUUGAGUAUCUACAAUCAUGGCCCCCAACAACACAAAGAUACAAUAUAAUACAAUUAACAAAGAUUAAACCUCUUUAACCGUUAAGUCUAAACCAGAUCAUAGACAGCGCACUUCAACCCGUCAAUAACGCCUAGGUUCUUCUACUCUAGCGCUACUCUGGAGAGAUUUGGAACUGUUAUUUAUAGCCACUUUUGCAAAAGUUCUGCCUAUGGAUAUUGUAUUCCUUACCUUCCAUAGAUGAAACAAAGAGGGGGACCAUAAAUGUUGUAAUAAAUUAAAACUUUUUUCUGAACAGUAAAAAUAAAUUAGCGUUAAUCUCACAAAUACUGGCACGAAACAGUUGCUUAUAACUUAAGUACUGUGUACGCAGGCUUGAUCCUGCUCACGUCUCCUGAAUCAGUCUGUAUAUUAACAACUCUAAAAUUAUCUCUCUAUAAACUCUACAAUAUAUUUCUUAAAGUAUUAGAGAGAGGCAAAUACUUUAAAACGCGAACUUUCUCUUAAGUCCCAGAAUCGAUGGUUUCGUUUUUAAAUUUGGAACUUUGAAUUAUUUAAUUAAAGUUAAAAUUCCUUUUUGGAAUAAAGUCUUUAUCAGGGCCUCUCAGGUGGCUAUUGUUCAAUAUUGAUAUUAUAAUUGUUAGCUAAGAUCUAACUUAUAUGUUUCCAUUUUACUCUUUAUUACAAGUGAAUAAGGUGCAAAAGUGUUAACAAAUUUCUGAUUUUGUAGUACCGUUCCGGAUUUUAAUGGAUGAGCCGGUUAAGGGGUAUUUAUUAUACAUAUGUAUCAUUGUUGCUAAGAGGGACAGGGAACCAACAUAUAUUUUUCUUUAUUUCUCCCAGUAGAAAGUGUCUAAAACUGUAAUUCAAUACAUCCUAAGUAUACUGAAGCAUGCAAAAUCCAAAUUUUACAUGCUGAAAUUUGACAUACUUAUACUUAAUCAUUUUCUUGAAAUUUGACUCAAACAUUUUACGUUGUUCCUUUCUUUUAUUAAAAUACUAUGUUACUUAAGAAGAAAUAUUAUUUUAUGUCCAUUCUUUCGAUUUGCAUCAUAAAAAUAGGGGUGAUUUUUUUUUUACAUUUAAGUCGGUUCGAUUCCCAGGCGAAGCAAGUUAUUCUUAGAAAACCUUUAAAUACAGAAUUACUGAUUUUCAAAAAUAACAUAGUCUUCUUUCAGUAUAAUAUCCUAUAUACGAUAUUAAAAGUACUUUCAAUUGAUGUCCCGUAGUCUUGGGACGCCCUGUAUAUGUAAGUUGAAUGACAAUGCAAAAUAUAUUAUGUUACCAUCGAGCUGA